UGCUGCUAAAUAUCAAAUUACCCCAUACAUUCCUUAACAUCCAGGUUCUUACCACUUCAUGUGUAAUACCUAACCUAAUCAUCAUAUCCGUUCUCCCAUCACACAUCAUCGCAUCACGCAUUAACUUCGCCAUUACCAUCGCCAUCGUAGUUUACGCACUUACAAUAUUAAUAUCUCAAGUUCAUUCAAUACAUCAAUCCCCAUGGUUCCGCUACUACUCCAUCCAACAAACUUGUAGAAGAGCAUUGUUAUGGCUCGAAUAUCCCGCCUCGUCGUUGGCGCUCUGCUGCUUGUCAGCGGCGUCGCGGCCGAUGAGGCUUAUACGCCAAAACAUGAAGCUGGCCGUUGCGCCAUGCGAGGUCAUUGCGGCAAGAAGAGUUGGUUUGGUAAACAGCUCCCAUGUGUUGAUAACGAAUUAGCUACUACUCCUGAUCCCGAGUUCGCCAAAAACAUUGAGGCGGUAUGCGGCGCGAAAUGGAAAGAUAGCAAGGUCUGCUGUAGCCCAGAACAGCUUGAUGCACUCAAGUCUGAGCUAUCAACCCCGAAUCAGAUCAUCGGUUCCUGUCCCGCUUGCAAAGAAAACUUCUAUAAUCUCUUUUGCUCCUUCAGUUGCUCCCCGGACCAGUCGCUGUUCAUAAACGUAACCAAAACAAUCGAGAAGAAUGGGAAAACCUUGGUUGCCGAGGUAGACCAGUUGAUAUCCAAGGAAUAUGGCGAGGGCUUCUACGAUAGUUGUAAAGAAGUCAAGUUCGGCGCUUCGAACUCCAAGGCUAUGGACUUCAUUGGCGGCGGUGCGAAGAACUACACUCAACUCCUUAAAUUCCUUGGGGACGAGAAAGCAAUCGGGUCACCCUUUCAGAUUAACUUCCCCGUGGAGUAUACCGAGCCCCGUAUGGCACCGCGCGACAUGAAGCCCAAAAAGUGCAACGACGAAGAUCCCAAUUUCCGAUGUUCGUGUGUCGACUGUCCUGCUGUAUGUCCGGAACUGCCGGAUGUGAAACAAGCGGGAUCAUGUCGAGUCGGUGUUCUCCCCUGCCUAUCUUUCGCCUCGAUAUUUACCUAUGGAAUAUUACUCUUCACCCUCAUCGUCGCCCUAGUCGGUCACGUUGCUUGGAUGAAGCAUGCGCAGCGGCGGAGUGAACGGCUUCACCUGCUGCACGGUGCUGAGCCCAGUGACGAUGAAGAUGAAGGCGACCUCGUUCGUAAUGGAGCUAUGCUCGACCGACCGCAAAGAAACUACGCGAUAAAUACUUGGUGCGAUACUACAUUUAGCAAGCUCGGCCAUCUCUGCGCAAGAUUCCCGGGAAUUACGAUAUUCCUCAGUUUGAUAUUAGUCAUUGUCCUCAGCGUUGGCUGGGUCAAAUUUGAUGUGGAAAAGGAUCCCGCAAGACUGUGGGUUAGCCCAGACUCGGCGGCGGCUCAGGAGAAGGCCUUUUUUGACGAACAUUUUGGUCCAUUUUAUCGCGCAGAGAAAGUGUUCCUAGUGAAUGACACCAACCCAUAUGGUCCUUCCCCAGUCUUAAGCUACGACACAUUACUAUGGUGGUCAGAGGUGGAGGCCAGCGUCAAGCAGCUUAAGGGCAAAAAGUUUAGCACUAGUUUCCAGGACGUGUGCUUCAAACCGACCGGACCUGCUUGUGUUGUGCAGUCUGCAACGGUUUACUUCGAUGGCACGAAGAAUUGGCAGUCGCAGUUCAAGGAAUGUGCCGAGUCUCCUGUGAAUUGCCGGCCUGAUUUUGGACAACCCAUAGAGCCAAAUAUGAUCCUGGGUGGCUACAACAGUAUGGACGAUAUCACCGAAGCACGAGCUAUGACAGUAACCUGGGUUGUCAACAACCAUGCCGAAGGCAGUUCAGAGCUUGAACAUGCUAUGGAUUGGGAGCGGUCUCUAAAAGACCGACUACUGGAUGUUCAAAAGGAAGCAGCAGAUCGGGGCCUUCGACUUUCCUUCUCUACAGAAGUCAGUUUGGAGGAAGAGUUGAACAAGUCGACCAAUUCGGACGCCACAAUUAUUGUCAUCAGUUAUCUUGUCAUGUUCGUCUAUGUGUCGCUUGCUCUGGGAUCAUCCACCAUGACUCUCCGCGAACUACUUAGGAACCCAUCUGUUGCCUUGGUCCAGAGCAAAUUCACACUCGGUCUCAUUGGUAUUCUGAUUGUCUUAAUGUCUAUUACCUCGUCGAUUGGGCUGUUCUCUUGGGCAGGUAUCAAGGCUACGCUCAUCAUCGCUGAAGUUAUCCCUUUUAUUGUGUUGGCUGUUGGAGUAGACAACAUUUUCUUGAUCGUCCACGAGUUUGAACGUGUCAACCUCAGUCACCCAGAUGCUAUGGUCGAGGAGAGGAUAGCCAGAGCACUCGGGCGAAUGGGCCCUUCAAUCCUUUUCUCGGCGAUUACAGAAACCGUCUCCUUUGCUCUCGGCGCUUUCGUAGGAAUGCCAGCUGUCAGAAAUUUCGCCGUCUAUGCCGCAGGUGCUGUGUUCAUCAACGCGCUACUUCAGAUGACGCUUUUCAUCUCCAUCUUAUCUUACAACCAAAUGCGCACCGAAGACAACAGAGCAGACUGCUUCCCCUGUGUCCAGGUCAAGGCAGCCCGUGUUCACUUAAGCGGUAGCAACGGUCCUGGCGGCCCUCGCCCGUAUGAUGUACCGGAUGAGAGUUGGUUACAGCAAUUUAUUCGAAAAUGCUAUGCGCCUGCUCUCCUCGGCAAGAAAGUCAAAGUUUUCGUCAUUGCAGCAUUCCUCGGGCUCCUUGCGGCGGCUAUUGCUUUGAUGCCGUACGUAAAACUUGGCUUGGACCAGCGAGUUGCUCUACCCGAUGAUUCCUAUCUCAUCGACUAUUUCAAUGACAUGUACAGCUACAUGGAUACCGGUCCACCUGUUUAUUUUGUCACCAAAGAUUUGAAUGCAACGUACCGCGCCGGGCAGCAAGAGGUUUGCUCGCGCUUCACAUCUUGCGAACAAUUGUCCCUCACGAAUAUACUAGAACAAGAGCGAAAACGGCCGGACGUUUCUUACAUCUCCUCGCCGACUGCAAGCUGGCUCGAUGACUUCUUCCUCUGGCUUAACCCAGACUUUGAAGCUUGCUGCAAGGAAGACCGUAAGGUGUGCUUUGCUGAUCGGGACCCAUCCUGGAACAUCACUCUGAACGGCAUGCCUGAAGGAGAUGAAUUCGUCCAUUACCUACAGAAAUACCUACAGUCUCCCACCACGGAUGACUGCCCUCUGGCUGGCCAGGCCUCGUACAGCCAGGCUGUUGUCGUAGAUAGUGAACGACUCACUAUCUCGGCGAGCCAUUUCCGAACCAUGCAUAAGCCACUGCGUAGUCAAGACGACUUUAUUAAUGCCUACGCAUCAGCUCGCCGCAUUGCUAAUGAUAUCAGUGCUCAAACGGGCGUCGAAGUUUUCCCUUACAGCGUCUUUUAUGUAUUCUUCGAUCAGUAUGCGAGCAUCGUCAAUCUGGCUGGUGCGCUCCUCGGCUCCGCGGUAGCUAUCAUAUUCGUCGUGUCAACCAUUCUUUUGGGUUCAGUCGCCACCGCGCUCGUGGUCACUCUAACCGUUGCCAUGACGGUUGUGGACAUCAUUGGCGCGAUGGCGGCCUUCGACGUGUCGCUUAACGCUGUGUCUUUAGUAAAUCUGAUCAUCUGCGUGGGUAUCGCAGUUGAGUUCUGCGCCCACAUCGCCCGCGCUUUCAUGUUCCCAUCGGGUUCCGUAAUGGAGCGGGCUAAGAAUCGCUUCCGUGGUAGGGACGCCCGGGCUUGGACGGCGCUUGUCAACGUGGGUGGCUCUGUUUUUAGUGGCAUCACCAUCACCAAACUGCUUGGCGUCUGCGUCCUAGCCUUUACCCGGUCCAAGAUCUUCGAGAUUUACUACUUCCGCGUCUGGCUCGCGCUUGUUGUCCUCGCAGCUACGCAUGCCCUCAUCUUCUUGCCCGUGGCGCUCUCGCUCUUUGGUGGAGAAGGAUACGUGGACCCUGAGAGUGAAGGGGGGCUUGUCGAGGAUCUAGCCAGCAGAAGAUAUAGAGCCCUCGUCCCAGAUGACAUGAGCGACUCGGACGAUGACGAGUAGGAGUAAUAGUAAGACGAGAGGCAGAAAGAGGGAAGGAAGUAGGGGUGGUUGAAGAUGUAAAUUACAGGCGAAAUUUGCAAGUCCAACAAACAGUGCAUUGUUCUGGGUUACUAGGAGUAAAAGAGGGAAACAAACGAAUCAGGGCUAAAUUGGGAUGGUAUAUUAUUGUAUUGAUUGUAUUGGACAAGUGGAUAAUGGCGAAGCUUCCCCAGUAGCUCUCACUGAGGCUAUAAUAUGUAGAAGGGGGAAGGAGAGAGAAAUAAGAACGAAGCUGGGGGGUUUUCUUUUUGGAAUAUCUAGUAACUUUUAACUCACUUACAACCAGCCAGUAGACAGAUAGCAUAAAAGCAAUCGAUGCGAUUCAUCCA